AUGCAGCGACCACUAUGCGAGCGACAAGCGUCAUUUAGAAGGUCACUGGAGUCGAUCAAGGAGCAGCAUCAGCUCUUUGUUGAAGAUGGGCAGAAGAGAAGCAGGGCCAAGGAUGUGUCAUUUAGCAUAGUGAGCUCUCCUAUGCUCCCUGUUGAGCUUGAUUAUGUGAUCGUCCCUACACUCCACAUAUCCCUUGGAGUGUUUAAAAGGUUGUAUGACCUCUUCGAGCAAGCGUGCCAUGAGCUAGAUGUAGCCAUCCUGAAAGAGAGAGCCAUUGCCAGAGAUAUUGAUGACGACUUUGAGGACGAUUCAACGACCGACUUUGACAAGAAAGUUGAGAACGAGCUGUGCAGGAAGAGGACAAUCAAAAGAGAUCUUCAAGAAAAGCGAGAUCAACUUGAAGACCUCGAAGAGGACAUUCUCCUUCCCCUUCUAGACAACCAUCAUGGAGUCAACGUAUUGAGGGCAGACAUUGCUGAAAUGGAAAACAACCAGGGGACGACUGAACUGGAGUUUGGUACAGGGCCAAUUGCCAGUAGUUUGGACGGUGUGCUGAAAAAACAUAAAGUGAACAGACAGGCUUACCAUGGGAAGUCUUUCGUGGGAAACCACGUUAACAAGUGUUGUCAGAUACCCGUUAUAGAUGCCCUCACGUCUCAACCUCGACUGAUGACCGACCAACUCCCACUCGAUGAAUUGACUCUUGAAGCAUCUGCCACAAUAAGAAGGAAUUCGGCAGAAAUUGGGGUUAAAUUCCAUGAAGCGUUUUCUUGUUUCGCAGAUGUGCACAAAGCCAUAAACCACUGCAACCCUAUCACGCAAUCAGACAUGGAGCGAACAGACGUGUGCAUUAAACACUUCUUACGUGUGUAUCGUCGAUGCUUCCCUGAUGCCAGCAUUACACCUAAGCUGCAUAUGCUAGAGGAGCAUACCAUGGAGCAGCUGCGGCGAUUCAAGGUUGGUCUGGGGCUACUGAAUGAGCAAGGCGGUGAGCUUUUGCACACCGAGUUCAACAGAGCUGGACGAGCAGUGCACGGCAUGAAGGAUGAGCUCCAGAAGCUAAUGACCAACGUGCAGAAGCGACUGCGCGAUUUGCGCGAUGAACUGCGAGAGUUCGACGACCCUUUUUGCACACGGCACGAUGCUCACAUGCUUCAGGUGGCACACAAGAUGGCGUGGUUAGGCCGACCUCUGAAAUGGCCAGACCCACAGCUACCAUCCCAACAGCCUGUGUUUGGACCACCUCGAAAGAUUAGUGCUCUGAUAUUGGGUGACUCCCUUACUAAAUACUUGGGGGAGAACUUUGACAGUUGCCUGUUGAGCCCAGACGUGCACACUCGUCGAGGGGCAACUGUGCAAAUUCUUCGUCAGUAUGUUAUUAAUAACGCCCAUCAGUUGCAUACUGCUGACGUUAUAUUUUUGCAUGUCGGAACAAAUAACCUUGAACAGGGCUUCCUUCACAGCAACAUCCAAGCCUACAGGAGACUACUUACCACUGUAAGGGAAAACUUCCCCCUUACUGAGAUAGUGGUAAGUGGUAUUUUACCCCGUUCAGAUGAUAGCCGACUUAAUCUAUCUCGGGUAAUGCACAAUAUUAAGCUGGCCAAUAUUUGUCACAAUUUUUCACAUUGCAAGUUUUUAGAUUUCAGUGACAUGUUCCAUGAAUGCCAUCUUGCUAAAGAUGGACUUCAUCUUAACUGGGACGGAAAUUACCUCUUCAGCCGGCUUAUACAGAAGCAAUUAGAGAAAAUGUCAAAACCCAUAGACCCUCGUGGUACACCCCAACCCCAUUGUCCACAUGAGCUGAAGAAACUGGUCCGAACACCGAGGAAGAAAAUCUCAGCGAAAUGCCCAAAGACCAAGCGGUGCAUUGACAUCCCAAAGCCUCCCACAAGUUCCAGUACAACCUCAAAGACAUCGGACACCACUAAGCCUCCUCCUUCUGUCACAACCAAGCCUCCCAAAAUGUCAAGAAACAGAGGAAGUCAAGACAAUUUGUCUAGUACCAAACCAGUGAUGUACUUCAUCAAACCUUAUGUGGCUAUGGCCACAAUACGGUAUGAGGAGGUCAACAGCAAUUUUCACCAUUCUCGAGGUGCUUCACACCAACAAGUGCGCCUUCCGAAGGCAGAGACACCUUAUGUUGCAUCACGCAAGCAAGGGAAGAGGCGACGCAAAAGAAAAAAGCAAAUCGUGAAAAGACGGAGGCGGCGAAAAUGGAAGGUACCUUGGGAGGCUUCAGUCAAGUUUUCCUGGAGGAAUGAUGGGCAAAUGGACAACAACAAAACAGGAAGCCAAGGAGGUAACAAUAUGUCAUUGCAGGGGUGAAGCAAU